AUGAAUAAAUUUGGUUCAUUCAAUAACUUCACGAAGCGCGUGAACCCUGCGCGUGCCGGCGCCGGUGAGAAGGUGUGCAUGGUGGAGUGCGCGCCCCCGUGUCCGUGCUGCGCGUCCCCACGGUGCGUCUGUCCGUCCUCAGGAGCAACAGACGGACUGCAGGAACUGAAGGAAAAUGGAGGUUCGUGUGAGACGGAUCUCUCCAACAAGCAUGGCUUUGAUAACCUUGCCUAUAUGGCAGGAAGUCUCAGUGAACUUCGACCAAAUGUUGACUACAUUUCUCGACUCCUUCUAACUCUAAUUCGCGGCCCUUCCUGCCCAGAUGGCACUCACGCCCUCCAGACACGUCUCUCUGCUCUCAACGGUGUAGCCGAUAUGUUUAUUCCCCAGUCUGGUGGCCGAGCAUGGGUAGGCUACCAUCCAUCUGCAGUCACGGCCAAAGAGAUACUACAGGAAAUUGAGGGGAUGGGAUAUGAAGUGAGGGACGUGACAAAUGCUCCUCAAUCUGAAGAGCUAGCUCGGGAAGGGAGCUUGGUAAAGAUCAGAGUUGAAGGGAUGACCUGCCACUCGUGCGUACGCUCCAUCGAGGACCGGAUUGGAGCGCUGCAAGGGGUUAAGGGUUUGAAUGUAUCUUUAAGUGACAAAGAAGCCGUUGUGUGGUAUAACCCCAAACGAGUGAAGCCAGAAGAUCUGAAGGAACACAUACAAGACAUGGGCUUUGAUGCCUGUAUCAAUCAGACAGACUUGAGCUAUAUUUUUCCAAAGAUGGCACAAUCCGAAUGGGUGGAGGCAAGGUUUGGUGUGGAAGGGAUGCAUUGUGGGUCAUGUGUAAAAAAUAUUACAGAGAGCUUAUCUGGAAUGCUGGGUGUCCAGGGUGUGUUGGUGUCUUUGGAAAGCAGAAGUGUGGAUUUGAAAUAUGAUCCGUCUCUGGUUACCUUGGUCACCAUCAAAGCAGUAAUAGAGGAACUUCCUUUUGGGAAUUUUAGAGUAACUCCAGAAUUCCAGGAACAGAUUUCCAGGACUAAUGAAUUUGUGCACUCGGAAAUACCUGGAUUGCAUUCCUUGGACAGCGCUUCACUCCAGAAAGUGAUCAUUCUAAUAAAAGGCAUGACGUGUGACUCUUGUGUGCAGUCCAUAGAGGAAGUGAUAUCCCAAAGAACUGGUGUGCAUGCUAUCACAGUUUAUCUAAAGGAACAGAUGGGAAUAAUUACAUUUGACCCCAGAGCCACCUGUCCUGCAGAACUCAGGGACGCCAUUGAGGACAUGGGCUUUGAGGCGGCCACUGCGCAAGAUUCCGCCGUUAACGGCGUCUUGCAUAGUAGACAAGCAUCACAAAAAAGCACAUCCUCACACCCCAAGAACACGUCUCCACCAACUACUGUACCCCCGACCCACAAGUCCGUAGUCAGUUCAACAAGAACUGAGGUUUCUGAAGAGGAAAGGACACAGAAAUGUUUUGUCCGGGUCACAGGGAUGACCUGCGCUUCAUGUGUGGCCAACAUCGAGAGAAACCUGCGCAAGCAUACAGGUAUUAAAUCUGUCCUCGUAGCCCUGAUGGCAGGUAAAGCUGAAAUCAGGUAUGACCCAGACUACGUGGAUUCAGCACAGAUAGUUAAACUCAUCGCUGGACUGGGAUUUGGAGCUUCUCUAACGGACGAGGGUGCAGUCAGCAACGGCCUUCUUGACCUUUCUGUGACUGGCAUGACAUGUGCUUCCUGUGUCCAUAACAUCGAAACCCAGCUCCACAGAACAAACGGCAUUCUGGAGGCCACUGUUGCCUUGGCGACCAACAAAGCUCGCAUUAAGUUCGAUCCCGAAGUGGUCGGGGCACGUGACAUCAUCCGAGUCAUCGAGGGUCUUGGCUUUGGUGUGUCCUUGAUAAGGAAUGAUGCCUCAGGGAGAAAUGAGGGCUUGGAUCACCAGAAAGAGAUACAACUUUGGCGUCAAGCUUUCCUGUUCAAUCUGCUGUUCGGGAUCCCCGUCAUGGGUCUGAUGAUCUACAUGAUGGUGAUGGACAAGCAGCAUGAAGAACAUGGAGGAUCCAUGUCAGAAAUGCCAAACGUGCUGCCCGGACUCUCGCUCUUCAAUCUGAUCUUUUUCUUGCUCUGUACCCCAGUCCAGUUCUUCGGAGGUCGAUACUUCUACGUCCAAGCAUAUCGUUCUCUGAGACACGGCGUGGCCAACAUGGACGUGCUCAUCAUUCUGGCUACCACUAUUUCAUACAUUUACUCCUGUGUGGUGCUGGUGGUAGCCAUAAUCGAGAAGGCCAAGCAAAGUCCGGUCACGUUUUUCGACACGCCUCCCAUGCUGUUUGUCUUCAUUGCCCUUGGACGCUGGCUGGAGCACAUUGCCAAGAGUAAGACGUCAAAGGCUCUGGCCAAACUCAUGUCUCUGCAGGCCACAGAUGCCACUGUAGUGACACUGGGCCAUGACAACGCCAUCAUCAGUGAGGAGCAUAUCUGCGUGGAGCUGGUGCAGAGAGGAGACGUGGUUAAAGUGGCACCUGGUGGAAAGUUUCCUGUCGAUGGGAAAGUGAUCGAGGGAAACUCCAUGGCUGACGAGUCUCUGAUCACAGGAGAGCCCAUGCCCGUCAGGAAGAAGCCUGGCAGCUGUGUGAUCGCUGGCUCGAUUAACGCUCAUGGAGCGCUGCUCGUCGAGGCCACGCAUGUAGGAGCAGAUACAACACUCAGCCAGAUCGUCCGUCUGGUGGAGGAGGCACAGACGUCCAAAGCACCAAUCCAGCAAUUUGCAGACAAGCUGAGCGGAUACUUCGUCCCUUUCAUUGUGUUUGUCUCCAUGGCAACACUGGCAGCAUGGCUCAUUAUUGGGAUUUUUGACUUUGAUAUUGUGGCGAAGCAUUUUUCUGACUACGAUAAGAAUAUUUCCCGGACGUCCGUGGUGGUGCGUUUUGCCUUCCAGGCCUCCAUCACCGUUUUGUCUAUUGCCUGUCCCUGCUCUCUCGGUCUGGCAACCCCGACGGCGGUGAUGGUGGGCACUGGGGUCGGCGCGCAGAACGGCAUUCUUAUUAAGGGUGGAGAACCUCUGGAGAUGGCCCACAAGAUCAGAGCGGUGAUGUUCGACAAAACAGGCACCAUCACGAACGGGGUUCCUCGGGUCACCCGGGUUCUGGUUCUGUGGGAUUGGGCACGCUUGCCUCUACGGAAAGUUCUAGCUGUAGUGGGCACUGCAGAGGCCAGCAGUGAACACCCACUGGGCAUGGCAGUCACCAAACACUGCAAAGAGGAGCUUGGUACAGAGACACUGGGCUUCUGCCAUGACUUCCAGGCAGUCCCAGGGUGUGGGAUCAGCUGUAGAGUUUCCAACAUCGAGGAGCUCCUGCAGACCAGCGCAGAGACAGACAGCACACAAACGCAGACGCACACACGCACUCCGAACUCUCUCACCCUGCAGGGAGCCACGACGGAUGAGAGUAGCUUAGUCACAGAUGGAGACGUGGGUUCAGGAUCUCCUUCGUACGCCGUCCUGAUCGGGAACAGGCAGUGGAUGCAGAGGAACGGAUUACAGGUCACAGCCGACGUGGAUGAAGCCAUGAGCAGCCAUGAGACGAAAGGACAAACAGCCAUUUUAGUGGCUAUAGAUGGCGUGCUGUGUGCUAUGUUGGCUAUAGCGGACACCGUGAAAGAGGAGUCGGCUCUGGCGGUACACACGCUGAGCCGGAUGGGAAUAGAUGUCGUGAUGAUCACCGGAGACAACCGUCACACUGCUAGAGCCAUCGCCACACAGGUUGGCAUCAGGAAAGUGUUUGCGGAGGUCUUGCCCUCUCACAAGGUGGCUAAAGUGCAGGCGCUGCAGGAGAAAGGGCUGAAGGUGGCCAUGGUGGGCGAUGGGGUCAACGACUCGCCCGCUCUCGCCCGCGCUGACCUGGGCAUCGCCAUCGGCACGGGCACCGACGUGGCCAUCGAGGCAGCAGAUAUAGUCCUCAUCCGGAAUGACCUGCUGGACGUCGUGGCCAGCAUCGAGCUUUCUAAAAAAACAGUGCGGAGAAUCAGAAUCAACUUUCUCUUCGCUCUCAUUUACAACCUGCUCGGGAUACCGAUCGCAGCCGGUGUGUUUAUGCCUGUGGGUUUGGUGCUCCAGCCGUGGAUGGGUUCAGCUGCCAUGGCUGCCUCCUCCGUCUCUGUGCUGCUCUCCUCUUUACUGCUGCGCUGCUAUAAGAAGACGUCGGUGGAUCAAUACGAAUCGAGAGCUCAGGGGCGCAUGUGCAGUCUGAGGUCGUCUCAGGUCAGCACUCACGUGGCGUUGGAGGAGGGGCGAUGCAGUCCUCGAACCCUGCGCCGCACUCGCUCCAGACUCAGCCAGAUCUCUCGAUCUUCAUCCCAAACCUCCAGAACUGAUCGAGCGCACACAGGGCCUGAUCGCCACUCGCUACUCGAGCACGACCAGGAAUUUACAGUGUAGAGUUUACAAACUGUUGUUAGAGGUCUACAGCUUAGACACAUCUCUGUUUAACGUGAAACAGAAACAGAUCUCAGAUCAGUGCAUCUAUUCAGAGAUACAGCGGGGAAACGAACCCUGUGCUUUUUUUUUUUUUUUUAUGCAGUAAAAUGUAUAUGGGCUUCGGAGAGUGUAUUUAUUUAAACCCCAUCAAUUUGGCCGUCCUGCUGGUGCGAUAACACCUGUUGUUUUUAAAGCUAAACUGCUUUUCGAGUUCAUAAAAUCGGUGAAAUUUAGUUCCGUCUGCAAUGUGGUGAUUGUGAUGCAUGUUUAUUUCUGUAAUAUCUCAAAAAAUAUCAUGCUGUUCUGUGGCUGGGAAGUUAUUUAAUUUGAGGGGAUUAAAGCAAAUAAUGUGCAUGAAAUCGCUCGCGUCGCGCAGUCAAGCAGACAGAAGAAGUCCGUGUGUGUGUGCACGCGCAUGCGCAGGUUUCCUUUUGACCGUGCACUGACAGUUCCAUCAUUCUGUCGCUAAACAAACAGCUGAUCACACCGAGGUGCUCGCUGAGCGCCGAUAUUUAUUUAUUAGUUCGGUCCUGCGUUUCCUUUCUUUCGUAUAUAACAUAACGUAUUUUCUUCUCGCUUUCUUUCCGUUACUGUAGUCAGUCUUUCACGUUUCAUUCGCACAAUCACGCCCUCUAUUUUUCUCUCCUGUUUCAAAUUUGUAUCCCACAAUGCAUUGC